CUGCCCCCCUGCUCCUCAGCCUGGUCGGGAGGGAGGUAGGGGCGAAGGUUCCAUGUCAACACUGCCUGGACGAACCCUUAAGGACGGAAGAAAAGAAAAAGAAAGAAGGAAAACGACAGAAGGAACACUCACCACCACCACCACCACCACCACCACCACCACAAGUCAUGGUGGUGGUGGUGGUGGUGAAGGGGGGAGGGAGAGGGGGCGGCGUUCCCUUCUUCGGCGUGUUCCUGCGGAGGUUUUCACAGCUGUCUUUCCCUAAACCAAAGACACACCUCAUCUUCUACUUGUCUCGCCGCGCACCCCAACACGUACUGAACCAGGUCACCAGGUUCGUGCGGGGGUCGGGUCACAAAUAUGCAAGCUGUGUGCUGAUUGGUGCGGAGCGAAACACCUCCCUGGCUAACUCUGAGCUGUGGCGGCGUGUGAGGGGCAUGGGCGCAGACUCCCUCCUCCUGCUGGACUCCACCGCGCACCUCACCCGCAGGGACGCCAUACAACACCUGCUGGCGAAGAGAAGGAACGUGGUCGGCCCGGUUAUUCAGUCUCCAAAAAAAGACAAACACAACCUUCGCAUUGACGACAACAACAACAACAACAACAACAACAACAACAACAACAACAACAAUCUAUUAUCUGCCUACGUUGCGAGAUACAAGAAAGAGGAAGGGCCAGCCCCCGUGGAGCUGGUGGGCUUACUGGGGGUCAGCGAGGUUAGGUCCGCCAUCUUGCUGUCCCGUCACGCAUUGGGGAGCCUGGACCCCCUUCAGGACCCCCCCGUAGGACCCCCCGUGGACCUGACCCCUGGGAGUGUGUGCAGGCGGCUGGGGGAGCUGGGCUUCAUUUCCUAUGCGAGUAACGAGGUGGACUACGGGACGCUGGUGGAGGAGGAGGAAGAGGAGGAGGUGGAGGAGGAGGAGGAGGAGGAGGCUGGUCUUCCCUCUGAUAUUUGGAAGUUAGAAGAAUAUGCUGAAGAAUUUUAUGAGUCUUAUUUGUAUGAUGAAGAGGAGGAGGAGGAGGAGGAGGAGGAAGAGGAGGAGGAGGAGGAGAGAAGGAAGGGUGAUGAAGGGAACACACAGAUGAGUCCUUCUUCUCCUUCUUCUUCUUCUUCUUCUCCUCCAACUACUCCUCAAUCUCUCUCAUCUUCUUCUUCUCCUUCUUCUUCUUCUUCUUCUUCUUCUUCUUCUUCUUCUUUUUCUUCUUCUUCUCCUCUCUCUCCUCCUCGUCCUCGUCCCCCUCCAUGUAAGAACGUCAUGAAACAAAGGAUAUUCAAGAGGUCCUUCGCCCAAGACCUCCUGCAGGACGCCUUCUCCCCCAACAGCACCUGGGUGGCUGCUGGCGGCCCCCCCAGGACCAAGGUAAGCCCCCUUCACACACAUAUAAGGUAGAAUUUCAUAUGAAGUCAAGAAUAAUCCCCCAAAAGUUCUUCAGUAACGUAAGAAAAUACUAUUGCUUCUAAUUCUUUAAACGUCGUAUCAGUCUUUAUUAAGGCCGGGUUCCUACCAUCCGUUGACGUUAAUGACGUCAAAAUGGCGUCAACAAAACGGCGGGCGCUCGGCACGGAGAUGGAGUCCUUGUUGACAAACAGAGCACGGACCGCGUGGACGACAGCGACUUCUUUGUGUACUUGGCGCCGGGUGGGAGGCAGGCCGGCUAGGAGGAGGCGAAGGUUCUGGCCACGCCAACAAUUAUUUCAAGCCUUAAAAUUAUUAUUGAAUGCUGCAGAGCAUUACAUGUGGUGUGGCAUGACGAGCACACUCGCGGACAACACGUCACGCACUACAAGGGAGCUGUGGGGAAACCCAGUCCAAGGCAGGCUGUGGUCUGGUCUGGCAGACAGCUGAUGAACAACUAAAACAACAACUGAUUGAAUUCUCAACCAUCUGCCUGCCUAGUGAAGUCGCCCCCUGUCCACAAUGCCAUUUUGGUACGGAGGGGAACUGAAACAGUUCGGUUCGCCAAUUCCCCCCCGGGUGUGCAGAGACUGCAGCAGAAGAAUACUACAUGUAUUUUCCCCCGGUCUCCCCGCCACACCGUGGGUGUGUUUACACCUGGGUGGCGCAGCGGUGUGCGUUGGUGCCACGCUUCCAGUUCUCAGCGAAAAUUACUGAUCACGACACGUACUAGACGUACACAAUGCAAAUAUAUCUUAAUUAUUAUCAUCUUGAAACCUAACUAUAUUUUAUUUUGUAUCCAAGUACUUCCCUUUCAUAUUUUCAUGGUGUCUAGAACAUUCAGUAUUACGGAACGGUCGCCGCCGCCGCCGACCAAAAAGUUAACUUGAUUUCAUAUCUCGCCUUUUACGUCGCCGACAACGAAGGACGAAACGGCGCCCGGUUCCCACUGUCGUUGCUCACACGGGGACAUUCGUGACGUCAUUAACGUUGACGGCCACCGAAAAACGGAGCAGUGGGAGCCCGGCCUGACGCUGCUGGGCUGACUCGUCUUGUUGGCCGCUUUCAGGGCGUGGCCAGAUGGAUUUGUUCAUUAUAUUGUACAUCACUUUUACGACAUAACUGUUGCUGAAUACUUAUACCACGUUAAAAAAAGUGAAAACGCAACACUUUUAACCCGGUAGCAUCGGUUAUCAUGUUUCUUAAUGGUCACUCCGCGAGAAAAAUGAGAAAAAAAUCACCCCUCACACAAACCAUUUCAUAAUAUAUAUCAAAGCAUUUGUAACCAGAUUAUGUAUCAUCUAUUUUGGGGGGUUUAUAUCAUGGCACAAAUUUGGCCCGUCGCUGCUACACGGUAAAGCCGCAAAUUUGGCCCGUCGCUGCUACAUGGUAAAGCCGCAAAUUUGGCCCGUCGCUGGUACUCGGUAAAGCCGCAAAUUUGGCCCGUCGCUGGUACACGGUAAAGCCGCAAAUUUGGCCCGUCGCUGGUACUCGGUAAAGCCGCAAAUUUGGCCCGUCGCUGCUACACGGUAAAGCCGCAAAUUUGGCCCGUCGCUGCUACACGGUAAAGCCACAAAUUUGGCCCGUCGCUGCUACAUGGUAAAGCCGCAAAUUUGGCCCGUCGCUGCUACACGGUAAAGCCGCAAAUUUGGCCCGUCGCUGGUACACGGUAAAGCCGCAAAUUUGGCCCGUCGCUGCUACACGGUAAAGCCACAAAUUUGGC